UGUUGAAAGAAGAAAACGUAAAUUGGCAUAAUUUUUUGUUAAUAUUUUUCGUUUAGACUCAACGCGAAUCCAUUUUUCGCACAGCUUAAAGCGAAAACAUUGCGUACAAAACAGGGCACAUUCGCGUAGAGGCUACAAAAAAUUGUGAUGGAUUCCUCGAAGAAACUGCUGGAAAGCAACAGUUCAGGCAGCGAUAAGGAGUUGGCCAGCACCAGCGUCAACGUUACCGAUCAGGAUUCUGGUUUGCCCUCGUCGGUCGAAAUGAACGAUACUCCUGCGGCGCAGAGCGCUGCCGGCGAGGAUGAAGACGAGGACAUCUUCGAACAGGUGACAAUGAUAUUGCGCAAGCGACGCGGCUGGGGACCAGGUGACUUGCUCGAGGAUGACGACGACGAGCUUGUCGAGGAGGACGAUGCCGGUUGCCCGUUGCCGUCAACGCCAGAGGACACCCAGCUCAUAGAGGCAGAGAUGACAGAAGUCUUAAAGGCUGGCGUGCUCUCGGACGAGAUUGAUCUGGGCGCACUGGCUCACAAUGCCGCCGAGCAGGCCGAGGAAUUUGUGCGCAAGGUUUGGGAAGCUAGCUGGAAGGUUUGCCAUUACAGAAACUUGCCCAAAUGGUUGCAGGAUAAUGAUUUUUUGCAUCGCGGUCAUCGCCCGCCGCUGCCUUCGUUCCGGGCAUGUUUUAAAUCGAUAUUCCGUGUGCACACGGAAACUGGAAACAUCUGGACGCAUCUGCUUGGCUGCAUUGCUUUCAUUGGCGUGGCUCUCUAUUUUGUAUCCCGUCCCACAGUUGAGAUACAAUUUCAAGAGAAAUUAGUUUUUGGUGCAUUCUUUAUGGGCGCCAUCAUUUGUUUAGGAUUUUCGUUCGCUUUUCAUACGUUAAGUUGCCAUUCGGUUGAGAUUGGCAGACUGUUUUCAAAACUGGACUACUGUGGAAUUGCACUACUCAUAAUGGGCUCCUUUGUUCCUUGGCUUUACUAUGGCUUCUAUUGUCACUAUCAGCCAAAGGUGAUAUAUCUUUCUGUGGUCUGUGUGCUCGGCUGUCUUUCCAUCAUCGUCUCGCUGUGGGAUAAGUUUUCGGAGCCAGCCUUGCGUCCGCUGCGUGCCGGUGUAUUCAUGAGUUUCGGCCUCUCUGGAGUUAUUCCGGCCAUUCACUACAGCAUCAUGGAGGGUUGGUUAAGUCAAAUCAGCCGCGCUAGUCUCGGCUGGCUUAUACUGAUGGGCUUACUAUAUAUACUUGGUGCUUUAUUGUAUGCUCUACGCGUGCCCGAGCGCUGGUUUCCCGGCAAGUUUGAUAUUUGGUUCCAGUCUCAUCAACUUUUCCAUGUGCUCGUUAUUGCGGCCGCGUUUGUGCAUUACCAUGGCAUCUCCGAAAUGGCCAUGUAUCGCGUCACCGUCGGCGAAUGCACUGUGCCAAUUGAGCCAAUAACUUUUUAAAUGCUCCAGCAAAUUCAAAUAUUACAUUAGGCACAUCAAAUCAUAUGCACACUCCAUACACAUACAUACACAAACACGAACACACACACACACACAACUAUAUGGAAAAUCUAUCGCAGUUUGACAAUGCGGCCAUUUUAGUGUUUGGCUCGCAUUUGUUCUUUGUUGUUUGGCUAAAAUAAGAAAAAUACCUACAUUCAGGAUGAAUACAAGAACAUCUGUUUCCGGAUUGAUUAUUAAAAAACUCGCGUUAUAAAUUACUUAGCAAAACCCGUUUAUUAUGAUCGAAUGAAAUCUGUAGUAGUUUAAUUAAUAUAAUAAUUUAUAAAAGUUUAAUUUUUACCUAAUUUUAUUUUAGAUUAUUGAUCUUUAAAUAGUACAUAUUUUGCUGCGGAUAUUCUCGUUUAAAUGUGGCGUAAUCGUAAAACUCAAAUGAAAGCAUUUCAACAAUCGUUGCGCUCAGGGGCUUAAUUUUAAACAAAUUUCUAAAGCCACUCAAGCAAUUUUAUACUUUAAGAUUUUUAGUUGAAAACGUUUUGAUAAACAUUUAAAAGAAUUACGUUUCAGUGAAUCAAAAUGAAAAUGAAAUACAAAAUCGUUAGCUCUCAGAUAUGAAGUUUAUUAUUUCUCAAAUAGAAAUAUAUUUAAAAGAUAUAACCAGUGCAAAACUUUAUUAUAGCACGAAUAUAUAUAUUAUAAUAUAAAGCGAAUCAAGACAGAACUUUAAAUCAAAUAAAAUGUCAAAUUGCGAAUCAAAGGGGGCUAAAACUAAAAGUUGCAAUGCUUUGUUCGCUAUUCAAUGCAUUCUAGAGAACAUUCUAUUGAAUUAAUCACUUAGGCUCUCAAGGCUAUUUAAAGUUUCGAAAGUACACUUGGAUGUAUUUGCCAAGUUGGUGAUUAACUUUUGGAAUCAUAAUGUGGCUCAACACGGGAGAGUUUCCUCAUCUUACCAUGUUCUUAAUUGCUUUGCUCCAUUGGCUUAGCCUAAUGCGCAUAUGGAAAUCUGUAGAGAGUCGCCUUUGCCAGUGGGCUUAUGAGUUUAGUUCAUAUACUAGCUGCUGUUUGUUUUGGUCUUGGACUCGACAGCGAGGGCAACGUGCUGCCUGCUAAUGACUCGGCAAAAUUUGGCUCAAGCGUUGACUUUGACCCGCUGUCUUGACUUGAUCAAAUACGUUUAGUCUGAGAUGAGAUUUUUUUUUUUUAAUUCGUUCUACUUCAAGUCUUUGUCUUUUGUUGCUAAUGUGUCAAAGAUUUCGAUAGAUCAUUUUGUUUCUAUGUAGCACACACACA